AUGGCGGCCCCCCUCGGGCCCCGGCAGCAGCGGCGCCCGCCCCUCUUGCGCCAGGCCAUCAAGAUAAGGCGCCGCCGAGCCCGGGACCUGCAGGAGCCCCUGCCCCAGAGCGUCCCCGAGCCCCCGUGGGUGUGGGCGCCCACGCCAGCCCUGGACACACUGUUCUUCCUUCCCCAGACCCAGCCGCCAGCCCCCCACCUCUCCGCGGAAGAGCGGGACGUGCUCUACGAGGAGGCCGUGUACAGCGUGCUCCACCGCCUGGGCCAGCCCGAGCCCCAGCACGUCUCCCAGGCCGCCCAGCUGCUGGACUACCUGCAGGAGGCCUUCCAGCUGAAGCCCGAGGAGCACCAGCAGAAGCUGCGGGCGGUGCAGGAGCUGGAGAAGCCGAUCUUCUGCCUGAAAGCCACGGUGAAGCAGGCCAAGGGCAUCUUGGGCAAGGAUGUGAGCGGCUUCAGCGACCCCUACUGCCUGCUGGGCAUCGAGCAGGGGCUGGGCACGCCGGGGGGCAGCCCGGGCACGCGACGCCGGCAGAAGGCCGUGGUCCGACACACGAUCCCGGAGGAGCAGACGCACCGCACCCAGGUCAUCAGCCAGACGCUCAACCCCGUGUGGGAGGAGACCUUCAUCCUGGAGUUUGAGGACUUAAACACCUCAAGUUUCCACCUGGACAUGUGGGACCUGGACACAGUGGAGUCGGUCAGACAGAAGCUGGGCGAGCUGACAGACCUGCACGGGCUGCGCAGGAUGUUUAAGGAGGCCCGGAAGGACAGAGGCCAGGAUGACUUCCUGGGGAACCUGGUCGUCAGGCUGCAGGACCUGCACUGCCGGGAGGACCAGUGGUACCCCCUGGAGCCGCGCACGGAGACUUACCCAGACCGCGGCCGGUGCCACCUCCAGUUCCAGCUCAUUCACAAGCGGAGAGCCACUGUGGCCAGCCGGUCCCAGCCCAGCUACAAGGUCCACCUCCGCCUGCUGCAGCAGCUCGUGUCCCACGAGGGCAUGCAGCACCAGGCCGGCAGUUCCUCCUGGGAUGGGUCACUGAGCGCCGAGGCCACCACCAUCCUGCACCUGCACGCCACCCAGAAGGAUCUGUCUGACUUCCACCAGUCCAUGGCGCAGUGGCUGGCCUACAGCCGGCUCUACCAGAGCAUGGAGUUCCCCAGCAGCUGCCUCCUGCUGCCCAUCACCAGCAUGGAGUACCAGUGGAUCCAGGGCCGGCUCCAGGCCGAGCAGCUGGAGGAGCUGACCACGUCCUUCAGCUCGCUGCUGGCCUACGGCCUCUCCCUCAUCCGGAGGUUCCGGGCCGUCUUCCCGCUGUCCGUCUCGGACUCCCCGGCGCGGCUGCAGUCGCUGCUCAGGGUGCUGGUGCAGAUGUGCAAGAUGAAGGCCUUUGGAGAGCUGUGCCCCGACAGUGCCCCCCUGCCCCACCUGGUCACCGAGGCCCUGCGGACUGGCACCAUCGAAUGGUUCCACCUGAAGCAGGAGCAGCACCAGCCUAUGGUGCAGGGCAUGCUGGAGGAGGGCAAGGCUUUGCUGGGCCUGGUGCAGGACAUCACGGGGGACCUGCACCAGUGCCAGCGCACGUGGGACAAGAUCUUCCACAACGUCCUCAAGAUCGACCUCUUCUCCACCGCCUUCCUGGAGCUGCAGUGGCUGGUGGCCAAGCGGGUACAGGAAUACAUGGAGGAGGUGGGCAGCCCCGUGUCCCCGGAGAUGGGCGAGAGUCUCUUCCAGCUCUACGUCAGCCUCAAAGAGCUCUGCCAGCUGGGCCCAGCGCCCUCAGAGAGGGAAGGAGUCCUGGACCUGGACGGCUUCCAUCGCUGGUUCCAGCCGGCCAUCCCCUCCUGGUUGCAGAAGACCUACAGCGUGGCCCUGGCCCGCGUGCAGCGCGCGGUGCAGAUGGACCAGCUGGUGCCCCUGGGCGAACUGACCAAGCACAGCACCUCGGCGGUGGACCUGUCCAUCUGCUUUACCCAGAUCAGCCAGACCGCCCAGCAGCUGGACUGGCCCGACCCGGAGGUGGCCUUCAUGAUCACUGUCAAGUUUGUGGAGGACACGUGCCGGCUGGCCCUGGUGUACUGCAGCCUGAUAAAGGCCCGGGCCCGGGAGCUCUCCGCAGGCCAGAAGGACCAGGGCCAGGCGGCUGACAUGCUGUGCGUGGUGGUGAACGACAUGGAGCAGCUGCGGCUGGUCAUCGGCAAGCUGCCCGCCCAGCUGGCCUGGGAGGCCCUGGAGCGGCGGGUGGGGGCGGUGCUGGAGCAGGGCCAGCUGCAGAACACGCUGCACGCGCAGCUGCAGGGUGCGCUGGCUGGGCUCAACCACGAGAUCCGCACCGGCGUCCGGACCCUGGCCGAGCAGCUGGAGGCGGGCAUCGCCCAGCACAUCCAGAAACUGGUGGGCGCCGGCGCGUCGGUCCUGCCCGAUGAUGCCAUCCUGCCCCUCAUGAAGUUCCUGGAGCUGAAGCUGUGCUACAUGAACACCAACUUGGUGCAGGAGAAUUUCAGCAGCCUCCUGACCCUGCUCUGGACGCACACACUCUCCGUGCUGGUGGAGGCGGCCGCCUCCCAGCGCAGCUGCCCCCUGGCCUCGGGCAGGCUGAAGCUGGCGCUGCAGAGCCUGGAGGCCUGCUUCUACGCGGAGGGCUGCGGCCUGCCGCCGGAGGCCCUGCACACGGACACCUUCGAGGCUCUGCAGAGGGACCUGGAGCUGCAGGCGGCCUCCAGCCGGGAGCUCAUCCGCAAGUACUACUGCAGCCGCAUCCAGCAGCAGGCCGAGACCACCUCGGAGGAGCUGGGGGCGGUCACCCUCAAGGCCUCGUACCGGGCGUCGGAGCAGAAGCUGCGGGUGGAGCUGCUCAGUGCCUCCAGCCUGCGGCCCCUGGACAGCAACGGCUCCAGCGACCCCUUUGUUCAGCUGACCUUGGAGCCCCGGCACGAAUUCCCCGAGCUGGCCCCGCGGGAGACGCAGAAGCAUAAGAAGGAACUUCACCCACUGUUUGACGAGACCUUCGAGUUCCUGGUGCCCGCCGAGCCGUGUCGGACGGCCGGAGCCUGCCUGCUGCUCACGGUCCUGGACCACGACACUCUGGGCGCGGACGACCUGGAGGGGGAAGCCUUCCUGCCGCUGGGCUCCGUGCCGGGGCUGGCCGGGCCAGACGAGCCUGGCGAGGUGCCGCAGACCCGCCUGCCCCUCACCUAUCCAGCCCCCAACGGGGACCCCGUCCUGCAGCUCCUGGAAAGCCGGAAGGGUGACCGCGAGGCCCAGGUGUUCGUGAGGCUGCGGCGCCAGCGGGCCAAGCAGGCCUCCCAGCACACACUGCGGCCGGGGCCGUAGCAGAGGGGGGACGCAGGGCUGGGCAGCCCAGUAGGUGGAGGCCUGAGAUGAGCGCCUCCGAGGCCCCAGCCCCCCUCCCCUCUGUGGGACAAGCAGUGGCCCCGCCUACCCCGCCCCCACUGGGGCCCUCCCCCCCCCCAAGAGGGUGUUUAGCUGCCCCCGGGUGGUCAGGGAUGGAGAGGUCAGGGGUCAGGGCCGGAGGGGAGCUGCACGGACAGAUGGAAGAGAAGGGAUGGUGGGGCUGGACAGCACCUGCCACCUGGACACUCCUCACAAAAUAAAAACGGAGGCCACCAACCUGCUGUCCUCAUAGCACGUCACUGUAGCCUACCUGGGGGGGGGGGAAACUGAGGCAGAAGCAGCGACACAGCAAGGGGUCAAGGGCUCUGGAUGCACCUGCCUGCACCCUGCCCCCCUGCCCCAGAGGCUGUGGCCUAGCAAGGGCCUGUAGGAGUGUGCAGGGGACAAGCAGCUUCUCACUGGAGUGCCAGGCUGAGAGGCCUGCCUGGAGGAGGUGGCCUGCGUGGGAGCGGGAGCUCAGAACCCUCUCACGGUGAGGGAGGUCUUGGCCGUCAUGUCCCCUCUGUGCCUGUGUGGGCCAGCAAGGGCCGGCCAGAGCCUGUGCUAAGGCUCCCGUGCCCCGCCUGGCAGAGGGGACCCUGAGCUGCCUGGCUCAGUGGGUGGGGUGGGGCAGGGCAGGCCGAGCUGCUGCCCCGGGGCCACCCACAGCCACAGCAGUCACAGGGCUGUGGGAAUCGAGGUGGGGGACACCAGAGGGGCCACAGCUGGGUACAGCGAGGUGUCAGUCAGGCCAGCACGGGGGUCCGAGCUGGCAUGGGAGCAGGCAGGCCCUCUGGGCCCCAGCAGCUG